CUCGUCCCGGCGGGCGUCCAGCGGGAGGCGGAGCGAGUCCAAAAUGGCGGCUCUCAGGCAGGCGCGCUCCUUGCUGCUGGGGUUUUGAGGUGGUCGCCCGGGGUCCAGGGGACGAUUUCCCCGCCGCGGGGGCCCGAGAAGAUGAAUCGAGGGCUCUGCUAAGGUCAGGCGGCGGGGCUGGAGAGAGGUGGCAGCAAGGGCUGCGGUGGCGUCCACGCAGCGGGAUGUGUGAGAGUUACUCCAGGUCGUUGUUGAGGGUCUCGGUGGCGCAGAUCUGCCAGGCGCUGGGCUGGGACUCGGUGCAGCUCAGCGCCUGCCAUCUCCUCACGGACGUACUGCAGCGCUAUCUGCAGCAGCUGGGCCGGGGCUGCCAUCGGUACUCGGAGCUCUAUGGCCGAACAGACCCAAUUUUGGACGAUGUUAGUGAAGCUUUCCAACUUAUGGGGGUUAGUCUGCAUGAACUAGAAGACUAUAUUCACAAUAUUGAACCUGUCACUUUCCCACAUCAAAUUCCUUCGUUUCCUGUUAGCAAGAACAAUGUACUUCAGUUUCCUCAACCUGGAAGUAAAGAUGCAGAAGAAAGAAAAGAAUACAUCCCUGAUUACAUGCCACCCAUCGUGUCUUCUCAAGAAGAGGAAGAAGAGGAGCAGGUACCCACGGAUGGGGGCACCUCGGCGGAAGCCAUGCAGGUUCCCUUGGAAGAGGAUGAUGAACUGGAAGAGGAGGAAAUUAUUAAUGAUGAGAAUUUCCUGGGUAAGAGACCACUGGAUAGCCCCGAAGCUGAAGAAAUGCCUGCCACAAAGCGACCCCGGCUGCAGAGCACGAAAGGGGACAGCCUAGAUGUCGUGUUAUUAGAAGCCCGAGAACCCCUCAGCUCAAUAAAUACGCAGAAGGUCCCACCCAUGCUCUCUCCAGUGCACGUGCAGGACAGCACAGACCUCGCCCCUGCGUCCCCAGAGCCACCCAUGUUGGCUCCAGUUGCAAAAUCACAGUUGCCAAGUGCAAAACCAUUAGAAACCAAGUCCUUUGCACCUAGAACAAAGACGAAAACUAGUUCUCCAGGACAGAAGACUAAGUCACCUAAAACUACCCCGUCACCAGCAAUGGUCGGAAGUCCUAUUCGGUCACCAAAAACGAUGUCCAAAGAAAAGAAAUCACCAGGACGGUCUAAGAGCCCCAAGAGUCCCAAGAGCCCCAAGGUUCUGCCUCACAUUCCUCAGGUACCCGUCAGACCAGAAACACCAAACAGGACUCCUCCAGCCACAGUAAGUGAAAAGAGCAUUAAAGAGGCAAUCCAGGUGAAGCAGACACAAACCCCUCCUGAUGCCGUGAAGCUGAGCAAUGAGAAUCAGCCGAAAAAGGCUGUGGUGACAGAUAAAACGAUCGAUGACUCCAUCGAUGCUGUGAUUGCGCGCGCCUGUGCUGAACGAGAGCCAGAUCCUUUUGAAUUCUCUUCUGGAUCAGAAUCCGAAGGAGACAUUUUUACCAGCCCCAAAAGAAUUUCAGGUUCGGAGUGCAACACUCCAAAAGCCUCCACUUCCUCAAACAAUUUCACGAAGUCAGGAUCCACUCCUCUGCCUCUUUCGGGUGGAACUUCCAGUUCCGAUAACUCCUGGACAAUGGACGCCUCAAUUGAUGAGGUUGUGCGGAAAGCAAAACUGGGAACGCCUUCAAAUAUGCCCCCCAACUUCCCGUACAUCUCUUCUCCUUCUGUGUCCCCUCCCACCCCCGAGCCUCUCCACAAGGUGUGUGAUGAGAAAGCCAAGCUGCCUUCAUCAGUGGAGGUAAAGAAGAAGUUGAAAAAGGAGCUGAAGACUAAAAUGAAAAAGAAAGAAAAGCAGAGAGACAGGGAGAGGGAAAAAGACAAAAACAAGGAAAAAAGCAAAGACAAGGAAAAUAAAAUAAAAGAGAAAGAAAAGGAAGCUGGCAGGGAAACCAAGUAUCCAUGGAAGGAGAUUCUGAAAGAUGAGGACUCAGACCCUUACAAGUUUAAAAUAAAAGAGUUUGAAGAUGUUGAUACAAAAGUGAGAUUGAAAGAUGGAGCUGUGAGGAAGGAGAAAGAGAAGCAUAAAGAUAAAAAAAAGGACAGAGAAAAAGGUAAGAAAGACAAAGAGAAAAGAGAAAAAGAGAAAGUGAAAGACAAAAGCAGAGAAGAUAAGUUGAAAGCAGCACCAGCGCCUCUGGUGCUGCCCCCGAAGGAGAUGGCUCUGCCCCUGUUCAGCCCCACCGUCGCCGCAGCCAGGGUGCCCGCCAUGCUGCCCUCGUUGGCGCCAAUGCUUCCAGAAAAACUCUUUGAGGAAAAAGAGAAGCCUAAGGAGAAAGAAAGGAAAAAAGACAAAAAGGAGAAGAAGAAAAAGAAGGAAAAAGAGAAGGAAAAGGAAAAGAAAGAGAAGGAGAGGGAGAAAGAAAAAAGAGAAAGAGAGAAGAGAGAAAAAGAAAAGGAGAAACACAAGCAUGAAAAAAUAAAAGUGGAGCCAGUCGUCCCAGCCCCAAGUCCAGUCAUCCCCAGAUUAACUCUCCGAGUGGGUGCUGGCCAAGACAAGAUUGUCAUCAGCAAAGUAGUUCCCGCUCCCGAGGCUAAGCCGGUCCCCUCUUUGAACCGGCCCAAGACGCCGCCCCCAGUUGCCGCGGCCCCAGCCCCUGGCCCCACGCAUGUGGGCCCCGCACCCCCACCGCCACCCCUCGCACCCACCGCCUGCCCUGCACUGCUGCCCUCUCCGGGUCCCACAGUCGCCGGUAGCACCAAGGCCCCUGUGCGCAGUGUGGUGACAGAGACAGUCAGCACUUACGUGAUUCGAGAUGAAUGGGGCAAUCAGAUCUGGAUCUGUCCUGGGUGUAACAAGCCUGACGAUGGCAGUCCAAUGAUCGGCUGUGAUGACUGCGAUGACUGGUACCACUGGCCCUGCGUCGGGAUAAUGGCUGCACCCCCGGAGGAGAUGCAGUGGUUCUGCCCCAAGUGCGCCAACAAGAAGAAAGACAAGAAGCACAAGAAGCGGAAGCACCGGGCCCACUGACGGCGGCGCAGCCUCCUCCCCAGGGCUCCAGGGGACUGGGCUGACUCUGCCCUCGGCUGCCCGGGGCCCUGUGGAUGCGGAUCCCACGAGGCGCAGGCCGAACGCACCACACCUCUGCGUCCCCUUCUGAAGCCCCUCGGCCUGUGCCGGCUCGGGGCCCUGCGAUUGAAGAAACACUCAAGCAGAGGUGUGGCCCACAGGCUGCCCCUCCCACACUUUUCUAUUGCCAGUUACAACAAGUAUUAUUAAUAAAAAGACCGCGCACCUUCCCUUUGAUUUCUUUUAUUCUCUCCAGGGCCUUUCCAUGAAGGUAUUAGAUGAGAAGAUAAUGUGUGAACUGCUUUGACUGUGAUUUCAGGAUAAAACCCUUAGUCUGUAUACAGUUUUCAGCCCCUUUUCCUCCAUAGUAAGAUAAUCAUAAUAACAAAAAAGAAAACUCCAGUUGGAGUACUGGUAAAUAUUUUUGUGAUAAGAGUAUCUGAAGCUCCCCUCC